AUGAUAAUUCGUGUUAUCAGCGGUAUUGGUAUAAGCCGUGUCACCUUACCGGCUGAUGCCACUUUGGCUGAUCUCAAAAAUGAGAUUCACAAUCGUAUACAUGUUCCUGAUGGGACGACGCUGAAAUUCGUCAUUGCAGACUCUAAUUUGGAGGUGUGUUUAAAUUUUGAUGUGUACAAACCGCGUCAGAUUAGUGGAAGCGACGACGAGGCGUUGGCAAGGUUUGGCGUUGAGCAUGGCUCUUGCUUACGUCUGAUUUCGGUUUCGUCUAAUUCUUCUGGUAGCGAUGAUUUAUCUUAUUUGCCGUCAUCCCAGCCUACUGAGCGCCCACCUGUCUCCGAGCAAACUCAGCCGGCCCCUAGCAAUGUUGAGCCGACUUCUACCAAGGAAGCCAAACCAGAUGGCGUUUCUACGCCGUCGUUUAAGUCCUUUGAUGCAUAUUUGCGCGACACUGGAUAUGCAGUCUCUGAGUUGGCGCUGCAGCAGUCGUACAAACCCGUAUUCCUAGAGCGCGGGAAAAUGAACAAGUUACCUUCCGGAGUGACGGUCAAGCAUCAGCCUUAUCGUCACGUGGACCACCUUGAGCUUAUGAAUGCCGAGGACAUUCAAAAUUUCGCUAACUACUGGAUGAGCGACCUUGAAAUGGCUGAGCAGCGUGCGGGUUGGCUGUACGGAUACUACGUGGAGGACGCUCACUAUCCGCUCGGUAUUCGCGCAGUUUGCGAAGGUAUAUACGAACCACCGCAGAAGUCGACGCUGUGUGAUGUGGAAUUUUUGCCGGACGAGUUCCUUCCUGUUGUCGACACCAUUGCUGGGCGGUUCGGGCUCGAGCGCAUAGGACACAUAAUAACCCAUUUACCCCGCGAUAACUAUCUGUCGCCGCAGGAGGUUAUCGACAGCGCGAUGGUCCAGCUGCAACGGGCACAUUCAACGCACUACACGGGGUACCCGGUGUCUACUCAUGUGACAUGCACGCUUCACCCCGAUUCUGAAGGCAAGCCGGCUUUGAAUGUCUUCAUGGUCUCUGACACCGCAAUGGCGUUGUUAAGAGAUGGCAUUAUAAGGGAAGUGCAGAGCGACCCUAUGUUUGUCAGCAUCCGCGAACCUACUCAACCUAACGAGGUUCUUCCACAGAUUAUCGAGUCUGGCAAAGAGGUGACGAAAUUCGACCCAAGCUGGUUUGUGAUACGUGUCAACGAUUCAGCUCCCAUAAAACCUAAUUCCAUGUUCAAGUAUUCCAACUUUCCACGGGAGAACCGCGGCGGCCCAUCGGUGACAACAGAUGCCGUUAAGAGCUUCUUGUCCAGCCGGUUCGCAAGCGGUUUGACCGCUUCCGAUCCGGAAAUAUUUAGCGACUUUCACCUGUUAUUGUUUUUGGCCAAGAUUCUCGACCUUGAAACUACUCUCGCCAUUUGCGACGCGGUUAUGGGCUCAGCUCCACUUGAUCCUAUUAUGGUUGAGCUGCUGAUGGCGAACUAA